UCCUGCGCGUCAGAGCUAGCGGGUAACGCGUGAGGGGAUCAAGUUCACUUUUCCUAGCAGAUUCCGGUGCUAGUGUGUGCUGUGGUUUCACAGCAUGAAGGAGACACCACUUUCAAACUGCGAGCGCCGUUUCCUACUCCGCGCCAUCGAAGAGAAGAAGCGGCUGGAUGGCAGACAAACCUAUGAUUAUAGGAACAUCAAGAUCUCAUUUGGAACAGAUUAUGGGUGCUGUAUUGUGGAACUUGGGAAAACAAGAGUUCUUGGACAGGUUUCCUGUGAACUUGUUUCUCCAAAGCUCAAUAGGGCAACAGAAGGUAUUCUUUUUUUUAACCUUGAACUCUCUCAGAUGGCUGCCCCAGCUUUUGAACCUGGCAGGCAGUCAGAUCUCUUGGUGAAGUUGAAUCGACUCUUGGAAAGAUGUCUAAGAAAUUCGAAGUGUAUAGACACUGAAUCUCUCUGUGUUGUUGCUGGUGAAAAGGUUUGGCAAAUACGUGUGGACCUACAUUUAUUGAAUCAUGAUGGGAAUAUUAUUGAUGCUGCCAGUAUUGCUGCAAUUGUAGCCUUGUGUCACUUCCGAAGACCCGAUGUCUCUGUCCAAGGAGAUGAAAUAACACUGUAUACACCUGAAGAGCGAGAUCCUGUACCGUUAAGCAUCCACCACCUGCCCAUUUGUGUCAGUUUUGCUUUCUUCCAGCAAGGUACAUAUUUAUUGGUGGAUCCCAAUGAACGAGAAGAACGUGUAAUGGAUGGCCUGCUGGUGAUUGCCAUGAACAAGCAUCGAGAGAUUUGUACUAUCCAGUCCAGUGGUGGGAUAAUGCUACUGAAAGAUCAAGUUUUGAGAUGUAGUAAAAUAGCUGGUGUGAAAGUACUGGAAAUUACAGAGCUAAUACAGAAGGCUUUGGAGAAUGACCAGAAAGUAAGGAAAGAAGGUGGAAAAUUUGGCUUUGCAGAGUCUAUAGCAAGUCAAAGGAUCACAGCAUUUAAAAUGGAAAAGGCCCCUAUUGAUACCUCCGAUGUAGAAGAGAAAGCAGAAGAAAUUAUUGCUGAAGCUGAGCCUCCUUCAGAAGUUGUUUCUAAUCCUGUGCUUUGGACUCCUGGAACUGCCCAAAUUGGAGAGGGACUAGAAAACUCCUGGGGUGAUCUUGAAGACUCUGCGAAGGAAGAGGAGGAUGAGGAUGGCACCGAUGGAGCAGUCAUUCUUGGUAGUACAAAAAUGGACGCUGGAGUAGAAGUCUCCAAUAUUGGAAGCCAAGAUGCCCCUAUAGUACUCUCAGACAGUGAAGAAGAAGAAAUGAUCAUUUUAGAACCAGACAAGAACCCAAAGAAAAUAAGAACACAAACCAUCAGUGCAAAACAAGAAAAAGCACCAAGUAAAAAGCCAGUGAAAAAGAGAAAAAAGAAGAAAGCUGCUAAUUGAAGUUCACAUAGUUGUAUAUUUGUGUAUAUAACUAUUAAAAGGAUAUUUAUUCAGUGCUAAUAACUUGAGUAUUUUUCUAUUCACAAAUCCAUUAUAAAAUCUAGUCGAUUCUUUAUAUAAUUUUUUACAUUAUGCUUUAAAAUAAACCUUCUGGA